AUGUGGAAUGCCAGUGGGUUGAUCUACGAAGGUAGCUACAGCAAGGUUGUAGACACCUCAAUACCCAUGGACAGUAUACCGCUAUGGUUCGAAGGUACACGAUUGAACUUUGCCGAGAACAUCUUGUACUCUGCUUCACCAACAGACCCCUCAAUACGAACCACAGAGCACAAAGAAGACGCCAAAAUUGCUCUGACAGAAGUCCGCGAGGGCAACACGGAAGUCCGACAUCUAUCAUGGAGCGAGCUAAGGCGGAAAGUGGCUUUGCUAGCAAAUGCUCUUCUUGCAAAAGGUGUCAAGAAAGGCGACAGGGUUGCAGUGGUUGCAAGCACCAGCUCCGACACCUUCAUCACGUUCAUGGCGAUCGUGAGUAUAGGAGGUCUCUUCAGUUCCAGCAGUACGGACAUGGGAACCAAAGGCGUCCUGGAGCGACUUUUGCAGAUCAAGCCAGCGUACAUUUUUAUCGAUGACUGGACCGUCUACAACGGAAAGACCAUCGAUCUGCGCCCGAAGAUCAAAGAGAUUGUAGAAGUCAUGACAGGAGUGACUGAGUUCAAGGAAGUUGUUACGCAGCCUCGUUUUCCAGGAAAGCCGGCUAGUCUGCAAGGUGUGCCACGCAGCGUCACUCUCAUAGACUUCGUCAAGGCUGCCGAGGGAAAUGAGGCCUUGACUUUCGAGAGAGUGGCUUUCAGAGACCCAUUCCUGAUCGUCUACUCCAGCGGCACCACCGGUGUGCCCAAGUGCAUUGUCCACUCUACUGGUGGUGUCCUGAUCAGCAUAAUAAAAGAAAGCAAACUGCACCGUGAGAUGGGCCCUGACAACGUUGUGUUGCAGUAUACCACGGCAAGAACUCGAACCGGUUGGAUCAUGUACCUUGUCUCAGUACAAUGCUGUCUUUUCGGCAGUCGAUCCGUACUGUACGAUGGAUCGCCCUUCAUCCCUUCCGCGCAGAAGUUCCUCUCCGUUCUCGAGGAACAGCGGGUCACCAACUUCGGCACAUCGCCUCGCUUCCUACAGGAACUACAGAAAUACGAUAUUGUUCCAAGGAACCUGUUCGAUCUGUCGGCUCUGCGCUCCGUAUGCACGACCGGCAUGGUACUAUCGGACUCACAGUUCGAAUGGUUCUACGAUGUUGGCUUCCCUUCGACAGUCCACCUGGGUAACAUUUCCGGUGGCACCGAUCUCGCAGGCUGUUUCGGCAUCGAGAACCCUCUUGACCCUGUUUUUAGCGGAGGCUGCCAGGGUCCAUGUCUGGGCACGAAGCUGGAAGUUUUCGACAGCACUAUCGAAGAUGGCCCUGGCAAGGCUGUGCCCCACGGUGAGCCCGGUGAACUCGUUGCGACCGCAUCGUUCCCGAACCAGCCAGUAUUCUUCUGGGGUGACGAGAGCGGAGAGCGGUAUCGGGACGCUUACUACACGCGCUUCCCUCAUGUUUGGACGCACGGCGACUUCAUCCAGAUUCAUCCUUCGACUGGCCAAGUUUUGUUCUUGGGUCGUGCAGAUGGUGUAUUGAACCCUAGCGGCGUGCGCUUCGGCUCUGCCGAGAUUUACUCAGUCAUUGAGACAUACUUUCCGGAAGUGGCCGAUAGCAUCUGCGUGGGUCAGCGCCGACCGCACGAUAACGACGAAAGCGUGAUGCUCUUCUUGAAGAUGAACGAGGGACACGAAUACAAGGGAGAUUUGGUGAAGCGCAUCAAAGACAAGAUCGCGAGCGAAAGAAGUCGGAGACAUGUGCCCAGAUACGUUUUCCAGACUUGGGACAUCCCGACUACUGUAAACCUGAAGAAGGUGGAGUUGCCCGUCAAGCACAUUGUGUCUGGCAAGAUCAUCAAGCCCAGUGGUACACUGGCGAAUCCUGGAAGCUUGAAGUACUACGAGCAGUUUGCGAAGGAUGAGGUUUUGCAGGCAGCAGAUGAGAGAGAUGCACCACAGCUCAAGAGCAAGCUUUAG